CCUCCCACCAAACAACAUAAUACGUCCAAAUGCCAUGAUGCCGAUUCGUUUUUCUUUUCUCUUUGCCUCCUCUGCUUCGCAUUCCUUUUCCUCCCACAAAGCUCCUCGUCUGCACCGCACGCCAUGGCCAGAUCGAGGUGCAGCCCCGCCCUUUCCUCCUACAGAUGCAGAUCUGGUGGCAGGGUCCACGGCGCCGGCGCCCGGCGGCAGGGGGGCGAAGACGAGGUGGGAGGAUUCGACUCGUCACUCGUGCGAGAAGACGAAGAUGAGGUGGCAGGAGUCGACGCGUGCGAGAAGGAGAGGAUGGGGAUUCCACAUGGCAGCCUCAACGGGCAGAUCGAGCAGGCUCUUGCAGUGCAAGCCUUCUCCUCCCUCGAUGGAGUCCGCGUGCCCUUGCGGCUGGCACUUGGUGAGCUGUACGAGCUGGUUAUCCUGCGGAUGUACUCUGUCUGUUUUCUUUCUCUCGCCGGGAUCUGCUUCACGGUAGCUUCAGUUUCAGGUUGCUGGUCCUGCGAGAAGAUAUAUUCUUUCUUUUCUUUAUAUGCCCGCUAGAGAUGACCAAAUAUCUUGCUUUUUCUCUUUGGAUCGACUUUUGUUGAAAAUGGAAAAACAAUACAGAUUAUCAUACGUAUUUUCAAACACUGAUGAUUGUUCAUGGUA